GGUGGCGGUGACAGGCGGCGUGAGCCGGCACUCCCCUCCCCCGCGCGGCGCGCCGCCGGCCCCACCAUGGAGCCCGCCGUGUCGCUGGCCGUGUGCGCGCUGCUCUUCUUGCUCUGGGUCCGCGUGAAAGGGCUGGAGUUCGUGCUCAUCCACCAGCGCUGGGUGUUCGUGUGCCUCUUCCUCCUGCCGCUCUCGCUUAUCUUCGACAUCUACUACUACGUGCGUGCCUGGGUGGUGUUCAAGCUCAGCAGCGCGCCUCGGCUGCACGGGCAGCGCGUGCGGGACAUCCAGAAGCAGGUGCGGGAAUGGAAGGAGCAGGGCAGCAAGACUUUCAUGUGCACGGGACGCCCUGGCUGGCUCACUGUCUCGCUGCGGGUUGGGAAGUACAAGAAGACACACAAAAACAUCAUGAUCAACCUGAUGGACAUUCUGGAGGUGGACACCAAGAAACAGGAUGAUGGCGAGGCAGAAUUUUGA